AUGGCCCCAUCUGUCGACGACGUCGCUGCGACCUUGAAGAAUUUCGGCCUCUCCGACGUGCCCAAGGCACCGAACACCCACCCGGAGCUGAAUCCUUUCGACAUCUACCGCUCUCACAUCACCAACCUGCUCGCGCAGUCCAGCGGCGUCGACCCCAAGAUCAUAUACCCUACCCUCCAAUGGACCCAGUCGCUCGAGAAGGGUGACUUGACUCUUGCCGUCCCCGCCCUGAGGCUCAAGGGCAAGAAGCCCGACGAGCUCGCCAAGGAACUCGCUGAGAAGUUCCCCGAAUCGCCGCUCGUCGAGCCGCCUACCGCCCUCGGUACCUUCCUCCAAUUCUUCUUCAAACCAGCGCCCCUCAGCAACCUCGUCAUCCCCUCCAUCCUCAAGAAUGGCAGCACCUACGGUCUCAACCCUGUCUUUGGCCUGAAGGACGAGUCGGACCCUUCAAAGGGCCGCAAGAAGAUCAUCAUCGAGUUCUCCUCGCCCAACAUCGCGAAGCCCUUCGGCUACGCCCAUCUCCGCAGCACAAUCAUUGGCGGUUUCCUCGCCAAGCUGUACGAGGGUGCGGGAUGGGAGGUCAUCCGCAUGAACUACCUGGGCGACUGGGGCAGGCAAUACGGCAUCCUGGCCGUCGGCUACGGCAAGUUCGGCGACGAGGCGAAGCUCAAGGCGGACCCCAUCAAGCACCUGGUCGAGGUGUACCAGCAGAUGACCAAGAUCCAGAAGGAGGAGGAUGAGCAGAUCAAGCAGAAGACGGACGCCAUUGCGGCGCUGAAGAAGGAGGGCAAGGAGGACGAGGCCGCCAAGGCGCAGCCCGAGCUGGACGAGCUCGUCAAGAAGAGUGUCAGCCAGCAGGCUCGUGACUACUUCAAGCGCAUGGAGGCCGGCGAGAAGGAGCCCAUGGAGUUCUGGAAGUGGUGCCGUGACGUCUCCAUUGAGGCCCUCGAGAAGUCGUAUGCUCGCCUGAACGUGCACUACGACGUGUACUCGGGCGAGUCUCAGGUCAAGAACGAGAGCAUGGAGAAUGCUGCCAAGCAGCUUCAGGAGUCGGGCACGUCUGAGAAUUCCGAGGGCGCCGUCCUCGUCGACCUGACCAAGCACAGCAAGAAGCUGGGCAAGGCUCUGGUCCAAAAGAAGGACGGCACCUCGCUCUACCUGACCCGUGAUAUCGGCGCUGCCGUGGAGCGUUACAACACGUACAACUUCGACAAGAUGAUUUACGUUGUCGCAACGCAGCAGGACCUGCACCUUGCCCAGCUUUUCAAGAUCAUUGAGCUGAUGGGCCGCAAGGACAUUGCCGAAAAGUGCCAGCACAUCAACUUCGGUAUGGUCAACAAGAUGUCGACUCGUCUGGGUACUGCCAAGGCGCUCGACGAGGUUCUGAACAUCGUCGGCGAGCAGAUGCACGAUGUCAUGAAGAGCAACCAGGCCAAGUACGAGCAGGUCGCGGACCCGGCCAAGACGGCCGACAUCCUCGGCAUUGCCGCCGUCAUGGUCCAGGACAUGAAGGGCAAGCGCAUCAACAACUACGACUUCGACCUCUCCCGCAUGACGUCGUUCGAGGGCGACACCGGCCCUUACCUCGAGUACGCCCACGCCCGGCUGUGCAGCAUCGUCCGCAAGGCGGACAUCAAGGAGGAGGACCUCGUCUCGGCGGACCUGUCGCUGCUGAAGGAGAAGCACGCCCACGACGUGCUCAGGCUGAUUGCCCAGUGGCCCGACGUCUUCAACGACACGCUGAAGAAGCAGGAGCCCGCCACCGUCCUGACGUAUCUGUUCAAGAUGACGCACGCCGUCAGCUCGUCCUAUGACCACCUCCAGGUCGUCGGUUCUGAGGAGUCGGUGAAGAAGGCCCGCAUGGCGCUGUACGUCGCCGCUAGGCAGGUCCUGAGGAACGGUCUGACUCUGCUGGGCAUCACCCCCGUUGACCGUAUGUAA